ACAAUUUCAGUUUGUUUGUAGCAUGUUUCGGGUAAAAGAACAAUACAAAACCGCAGCAAGAAGCGAACGAGCAGAGGUCGUACGCGCGCGCUCCCCGUUUAUUAAGACUCUUAAUAAGUGCAGUGUCUCUCGCUCAAUUAGCUUUAUCGUCCGGAUAAUUCGGAUUAAUUGAGGUCCCACAGUUUAUAAUUAUUUCGUUUUUUUUCUCUCUUUCCAACAAAAUUGGACCCGCUCCGAACGCAUUCCAUCAUUUAACACAUUUAAAACUCUCCUCUCUCCUUUCCAUUUCGUUUCCUUUACGCACCGUAUUUUUCGUCAUUCGGGUUUGGUGCUUCGAACAAACCAUUUUUGGGUGCAUUUCUUCUCUUUUUUCGGGGGGUUUGUAAGUGCUUAAAAAUUAGCAGGUCGUAAAAAGGACGCACAGUUAUGUUUGUUAUGUAGAAAGGGCGAAAACCGGAUAUUUUUGUGGUUUCGUUUGGUUUACGAUAAGAUUACGAGAAAAACUUCGAUGCGGUAGGAUUUUUUCUUUCUUUCUUUACUCGGGGUACGUAACCUCAGCAAUUGUUGUAAUUCUCAGUAGGGUUUGGGACACAAUCGUAGACCGGGUCUCCGAGAGAAAGCCAAUGAAGAAAAUCAACAGAUUUUUUUACUGAAUUUUUUUGCAUCUUUUGAAACAAAGUUCGAAGCAUUGUAGUGACAUGGAUUUAAGUUUGAAUUUCAAUAAUCCCGGGUACUCCAAACCGAUGUUGACAGCAGCCGGAGUGAUCACGCUGAUCAUCAUGGUCAUCGGCGUCAUAGGCAACCUACUGACCGUCGUGGCUUUGGUCAGGCAUUCCAAGAUUCGAACGGUGGCAGCCGCCUUCAUAGCCAGCCUUUGUAUUUCUGAUUUACUCUUCUGCUUUCUGGUGCUUCCGUUUGCUGCGAGUCAAUUCUUCCACGGGACAUGGAUUCAUGGAGAUAUCCUCUGCACUUUGGUCCCGAUGAUGAGAUAUGGAAGUGUGGGAGUUUCAUUGCUGAGCGUCGCGACGAUAUCGAUAAACCGAUACAUACUGAUAGCGUUUCCUGGUCUGUACCCGAGGAUCUACACUAAGCUGAAGGUGGCCAUCUACAUAGGAAUCAUCUGGAUCUUCAGCUACGGUCUGCAGAUACCGACUCUGUUCAAGAUCUGGGGUGUAUUCGGAUUCGACAACAAGCUGGGCACGUGUUCGAUCAAUCCGGACGAGAAUGGACACAGCCCGAAGACGGCGCUCUUCGUCCUCGGUUUUGCUCUUCCCUGCAUAAUAAUCAUCAUCUGCUACGCGAAGAUCUACUGGGUUGUGAGGAAGUCGCACGAACGUCUUGCGCAGCACACGACGAGCGUGAACACGAAACGCAGCGAGAUGCAUAUCACCAAAAUGGUCAUCGUCAUCUUCGCCUGCUUCGUCGUCUGCUACCUUCCUCUGACCAUCGUCAAGGUCUUCGAUCCGGACGUCCAUAACGCCCCGAUUCACGUCAUGGGUUACAUUCUUUUAUACCUUGCAUGUUGCGUCAACCCGGUCAUUUACGUAACAAUGAACAAGCAAUAUCGAGAAGCAUACUUGGACACUUUGAGAUGUCGCUUGGUCAGCAACUUCGACUCGAACACCCCGAACGUCCAGAACAGCAAGACCCACAUGUCUGUAUCCUAUUUGCGAAACGUCGUUUUCAAUUCUAACCCGAAGGUCUGAUUUCUUGAUUUCCAGCGUGCGUCUCCACCAUCUCUUCAGCAAAUUGUGCUAUCUUGCCCAGUCAAUUAUAGUUACCAAAACUACGCAAUAAUCGUAUAUUUUAUAGCAUUUCUUUGUCUCCAUUGUGAUCCUCUUGUAUAUAUGUAUAAGUAAUUCAUGUGUUCAAAACAUGGUUUUCAUUAGGGCUUUACCCUCAUUGUGAUAUUCCACACACCCUUCCAAAGCAAGUGCCAUAUACUCAAUGCGGGACCCUGUAUUGCUGCAAACAGCGAAUUUAAUAUCCUUUAAUUUAGGUUAGUAUACUUGUACCGAAGAAACCGAAUGUAACAUAUCGUUAAGCAAUAAACAGGCUCACUAUUUAAAAAAAGCAAUAAAACAUACAAGCAAACGCCAUUCAUCCUUAUAUUAAGGACAUAUUUUUACGUGCAAAUAAUUAUAGAUAUAUUCAAAUAUAUAUAUUUAUUGUAAAUAGUAUAAGAACCAAUUAGUUUUUUUU